UAAAACUUGAACAGUAUUCAAUAAAAAAAAACUAAAAAGAAAACGAAAACAACUGAAUUAAUUUAUGCCAAGACAAAACUAACAAUUCCUUAUAAAGAACAACACACGACACACAACCAUAUAAAAUCAAUCUCCCCUCUCUACAACAAGUCGCAUUUAAUUUUACGUGACGUGUAAAUGCCCGAUAAUUAUACAACAUUGAUUUGCCUUUGAAAUUGUAAACCAUAAACAGGGUCAAAUAAUCAAUAACAAAAAUAAAUUUCAAAUUACUUGCCCUUAUAACAAAUUCAUCGAUGCUAAUAACUACUUUGCUAGUCUCCAUCACUUUUAUUAUAAUUUUAUUGGCUUUUUUAAGGACUCGCUAUCAGCCGCCUAUAAAUCAGGAGAACUCCUUAGAUUGUGAGAAAAAUAACGCCAGAAGCUCCUCAACGAAAAGCAUAAAAAGGGUGCAGUUUUCAAGUGAUAGCAUUAAGGAGUCACAGACAAUUUGUGAUAAUUUAAAAAAUUGUUCAGAAUUGGAGCAGGAUUUUGCAGCGACAAACAACAAUAAUAAUAACAACAUCAACAUGAGUAAUUCAAACAACGAUAGACCAAGUUUUUUGGUCGGUGAUGAAGAUGUUAUUAAUGGCUUGGAGGCAGCCGAAUCCACUGAUAACUUUCCCCAAAAGAUAGAAAAUGAACUACGUCCAAAUGGUGACAUUGCUGAAAGAAGAAAACGUUUAAGGCCCAGUAUGUCUCGUGGUACUGGUCUGGGUCAAGACCGUUAUCAAGACCGUGACUUUCAUAUUGCCACCACGGAGGAGUUUGUUAAGAAAUUUGGCGGUACCCGCGUGAUUAAUAAAGUUCUGAUUGCCAACAAUGGUAUUGCGGCCGUUAAGUGCAUGCGUUCGAUAAGACGUUGGUCUUAUGAGAUGUUCAAGAAUGAGCGUGCCGUGCGUUUUGUUGUUAUGGUGACACCAGAGGAUCUGAAAGCAAAUGCUGAAUAUAUAAAAAUGGCUGAUCAUUACGUCCCUGUUCCCGGUGGUUCGAAUAACAAUAACUAUGCCAAUGUAGAACUUAUUGUUGAUAUUGCCUUACGUACUCAAGUGCAGGCUGUCUGGGCUGGUUGGGGUCAUGCUUCGGAAAAUCCUAAAUUACCUGAAUUGUUACAUAAACAAAAUUUGGUAUUUUUGGGUCCUCCCGAAAGAGCUAUGUGGGCUUUGGGUGACAAAGUAGCAUCAUCUAUUGUGGCCCAAACUGCUGAUAUUCCUACUCUGCCCUGGUCUGGUUCCGAUUUGAAGGCCCACUAUAGUGGCAAGAAAAUUAAAAUAUCAAGCGAUCUAUUCAAUCGUGGCUGUGUUAGUAAUGUCGAAGAAGGUUUGGCAGCUGUUAAUAAAAUUGGCUUCCCCGUCAUGAUUAAAGCUUCUGAAGGUGGUGGCGGUAAAGGUAUUCGUCGUGUCGAUACAACUGAAGAAUUCCCCGCUAUGUUCCGUCAAGUACAAGCUGAAAUCCCCGGUUCGCCCAUUUUCGUUAUGAAACUGGCAAGUGGUGCCCGCCAUUUGGAAGUACAAUUGUUGGCCGAUAUGUAUGGCAAUGCCAUCAGUUUGUUUGGUCGUGAUUGCUCCAUACAGCGUCGUCAUCAGAAAAUCAUUGAAGAAGCUCCCGCCAUUGUUGCCCAACCCGAGGUGUUCGAGGAUAUGGAAAAGGCUGCCGUACGUUUGGCCAAAAUGGUGGGCUAUGUCAGUGCCGGUACUGUGGAGUACCUGUAUGAUCCCGAAGGCAAAUAUUUCUUCCUCGAAUUGAAUCCACGUCUUCAGGUGGAGCAUCCGUGUACAGAAAUGGUGGCCGAUGUAAAUUUGCCAGCCUGUCAAUUGCAAAUCGGAAUGGGUAUUCCGUUGUAUCGUUUGAAAGAUAUACGUUUAUUGUAUGGCGAAAGUCCCUGGGGUACUUCCAUUAUUGACUUUGAAAAUCCCCCAAAUAAACCUCGUCCUUCCGGCCACGUUAUUGCUGCCCGUAUUACUUCUGAAAAUCCAGAUGAGGGUUUCAAACCCAGUUCGGGUACGGUGCAAGAACUUAAUUUCCGUUCCAGCAAAAAUGUGUGGGGUUACUUUAGUGUAGCCGCCUCUGGUGGUCUUCACGAAUUUGCCGAUUCCCAAUUUGGUCAUUGUUUCUCUUGGGGCGAAAAUCGUCAACAGGCUAGAGAGAAUCUGGUAAUUGCCUUGAAAGAACUUUCGAUUCGAGGUGAUUUCCGUACCACAGUCGAAUACUUGAUAACCUUGUUGGAGACGAAUAGAUUCUUGGACAAUAGCAUCGACACUGCCUGGUUGGAUGCUUUAAUUGCUGAAAGAGUGCAGUCCGAGAAACCUGAUAUACUCUUGGGUGUAAUGUGCGGAGCUUUACAUAUUGCCGAUCGCCAAAUUAGUGAGGCAUUUAGCAGUUUCCAAACAUCAUUGGAAAAGGGUCAAAUCCAAGCUGCCAACACGCUGACCAAUGUGUUUGAUGUGGAGUUGAUUAAUGGCGGUAUGCGCUAUAAAGUGCAAACGGCUAAAAGUGGUGCCAAUACAUAUUUCCUCUUGAUGAAUAAUUCGUUUAAGGAAGUCGAGGUGCAUCGUUUGUCCGAUGGUGGUAUGUUACUGUCAUUUGAUGGAGCUUCUUUUACCACUUACAUGAAAGAGGAGGUGGAUCGUUAUCGUAUUGUGAUUGGCAAUCAAACUUGUGUGUUUGAAAAGGAAAAUGAUCCUUCUUUGUUGAGAAGUCCCUCGGCCGGUAAAUUGAUUAAUCUGCUGAUCGAAGAUGGUGCUCAUGUUAACAAGGGCCAGGUUUAUGCCGAAAUAGAAGUAAUGAAAAUGGUAAUGACCUUGACCUCAGUGGAGGCGGGUAUUGUUACCUUUUUAAAAAGACCAGGUGCUGUGUUAGAUGCUGGUUCUUUACUAGGUCACUUAGAACUCGACGAUCCUUCUUUGGUUACUAAGGCACAACCUUACAAAGGACAAUUCCUCCAACCAGAAAAUCCUCAACUUCCAGAGAAGCUUAACCAUAUUCACAACACUUACAAGUCAAUUUUGGAGAAUACUUUGGCUGGUUAUUGUCUGCCUGAACCCUACAAUGCCCAACGUUUACGAGAUGUUAUUGAGAAAUUCAUGCAAAGUUUAAGAGAUCCUUCUUUGCCAUUGCUUGAAUUACAAGAAGUUAUAGCCUCGAUUUCCGGCCGCAUACCCCUCGCGGUGGAGAAGAAAAUACGCAAACUUAUGACUCUGUAUGAGCGCAAUAUUACCAGUGUUUUGGCACAAUUCCCUUCGCAACAAAUCGCCAGUGUUAUUGAUUCGCAUGCGGCCACUUUACAAAAACGCACCGAUCGUGAUAAUUUCUUCCUGACCACCCAAGCUAUUGUACAACUAGUGCAACGAUAUAGAAAUGGCAUCAGAGGGCGCAUGAAGGCUGCUGUACAUGAGUUGUUACGGCAAUACUACGAUGUUGAGUGUCAAUUCCAACAUGGCCAUUACGAUAAGUGCGUGGGUUUGGUUAGAGAACGCAAUAAGGAUGAUAUGCAAACGGUAGUAAAUACAAUCUUCUCCCAUUCCCAAGUGGCCAAAAAGAAUCUAUUGGUUACCUUGCUCAUAGAUCAUUUGUGGGCUAAUGAACCUGGUCUUACCGAUGAAUUGGCCAAUACUUUAAGUGAAUUGACUUCGCUUAAUCGUGCCGAACAUUCUCGUGUCGCCUUAAGAUCUAGACAAGUUCUAAUCGCUGCCCAUCAACCGGCCUACGAACUAAGACACAAUCAAAUGGAGUCUAUAUUCUUGUCUGCUGUUGAUAUGUACGGCCAUGACUUCCAUCCUGAAAAUCUGCAACGUUUGAUUCUAUCGGAAACCUCAAUAUUUGAUAUUUUGCACGAUUUCUUCUAUCACUCCAAUCGUGCUGUUUGCAAUGCUGCCUUGGAAGUUUAUGUAAGAAGAGCUUACACCUCCUACGAAUUGACUUGUCUGCAACACUUGGAACUGUCCGGAGGUUUGCCUUUAGUACACUUCCAAUUCUUAUUACCCACUUCCCAUCCAAAUAGACUGUUCUUGCGCAUGGCUUCCGAUGAGAACGGUCCCGAAAACUUGGGUGGUUCUUACCUUCGUACUGGCUGCAUGGCUGCUUUUGAUUCCUUCGAGCACUUUGACAUGUAUUCGGAUGAAAUUUUGGACUUGCUCGAAGAUUUAGCUUCGCCCGCCAUGGUUAGUGCUAAAGUUUUAGAGGCUGUUGAGGCGGCAGAUUCCAUGUGUGAUGGCCGCUUGAGUACCUCCAUCAAUGUUUCUCUAUCUGAUCCCAUAACACGGGCAAAUGCCGCAGAGGAGGCUAAAUCUACAGAACCCAUUCACAUAAUCAGUGUGGCUGUGCGUGAGACUGGUGAGAUGGAUGAUGUACAAAUGGCCCAAAUAUUUGGCAGCUACUGCAAACAACAUCGCGAUGAAUUGUUCCAAAGAAGAAUAAGACGUAUAACUUUUGCUGCAUUGAAAAAACGCCAAUUCCCCAAGUUCUUCACCUAUCGUGCCCGUGACGAUUUCGAGGAGGAUCGCAUCUAUCGUCAUUUGGAACCUGCCUGUGCCUUCCAAUUGGAAUUGAAUCGCAUGAAAACUUAUGAUCUCGAGGCAUUACCAACUGCCAAUCAAAAAAUGCAUUUAUAUUUGGGCAGAGCUAAGGUGUCCAAGGGUCAAGAAGUCACCGAUUUCCGUUUCUUUAUACGCUCCAUUAUUCGUCAUUCGGAUCUGAUAACAAAGGAAGCUUCCUUUGAGUACCUACAAAAUGAGGGCGAACGUGUUUUGCUCGAAGCCAUGGAUGAAUUGGAAGUGGCUUUCUCCCAUCCAUUUGCCAAACGUACAGAUUGUAAUCACAUUUUCCUGAACUUUGUGCCGACUGUUAUAAUGGACCCGGCCAAGAUUGAAGAGUCUGUCACGAAAAUGAUCAUGCGCUACGGUCCCCGACUAUGGAAGUUGCGUGUCUUGCAGGCUGAAUUGAAAAUGUUGAUUAGGCAAAAUCCCCAAGCUCCCACACAGACUGUACGCUUGUGUAUAGCCAACGAUUCGGGUUAUUUCCUAGACAUAUCCAUGUACACGGAGCAUACCGAAAAGGAAACUGGCAUUAUAAAAUUCAAGGCCUAUGGCGAUAAACAAGGCUCUCUUCAUGGUUUACCAAUUUCCACGCCCUACAUGACCAAAGAUUUCUUACAGCAAAAACGCUUCCAGGCACAAAGCAACGGCACUACAUAUGUCUAUGACAUUCCCGAUAUGUUCCGUCAAAUGACCGAACGUCUGUGGAAGGAAUAUUCCAUGGCUCGUCCAUCUAUUGAUGUGCGCAUACCCGAAAAGAUUUUGGUCGAAUGUGUAGAACUUGUUUUGGAUGGUGAUAACCUGGUUGAAAUGAAACGUUUGCCAGGUGAGAAUACGUGUGGUAUGGUGGCUUGGCGCAUUAUUUUGGCCACACCUGAAUAUCCCGAGGGUCGUGAAAUGAUUGUUAUAGCCAACGAUUUGACCUUCUUCAUUGGUUCAUUUGGUAUACAAGAAGAUAUUGUAUUCCACAAGGCUUCACAAUUGGCUAGAGCCAGAAAAGUACCAAGAAUUUACAUUUCGGUAAACAGUGGUGCCCGCAUUGGUUUGGCUGAAGAGGUUAAAGCCAUGUUCAAAGUCGCAUGGGAAGAUCCCGAAGAACCCGAUAAGGGUUUUAAAUACUUGUACCUGACAACCGAAGACUACAGCCAAGUGGCCAGUCUCAAUUCAGUGCGUGCCAUUCUUAUCGAAGAUGAGGGUGAGCCCAGAUAUAAAAUCACCGACAUCAUUGGUAAAGACGAGGGCUUGGGCGUUGAGAAUUUGCGCUAUGCUGGUCUCAUAGCCGGUGAAACUUCUCAGGCCUACGAUGAAAUUGUUACCAUCUCCAUGGUUACUUGUCGUACCAUUGGUAUUGGUUCUUAUUUGGUGCGUUUGGGUCAACGUGUCAUACAAAUUGAUAAUUCUCACAUCAUUUUGACCGGUUACGCUGCUCUGAAUAAGUUGCUGGGUCGCAAGGUGUAUGCCUCGAAUAAUCAAUUGGGUGGCGUACAAAUUAUGUACAACAAUGGUGUAAGCCACAAAACUGAGGCUUUAGAUUUGGAUGGUGUUUAUACCAUCUUAGAUUGGUUGUCUUAUAUACCCGCAUACAUUGGUUGUGAUUUGCCCAUUGUCGACCCCAGUGAUCGCAUUGAUAGACCAAUUGAUUUUAUGCCUACCAAAGCACCCUACGAUCCACGUUGUAUGUUGGCUGGUAGAGUGAAUCCUGCCAAUGCCAAUGAUUGGGAGAACGGUUUCUUCGAUCGUGAUUCCUGGAGUGAAAUAAUGGCGCCUUGGGCUAAGACCGUAGUCACAGGUCGUGCCCGCUUGGGUGGUAUACCUGUGGGUGUUAUUGCCGUAGAGACACGUACUGUUGAAGUUGAAAUGCCUGCUGAUCCUGCCAAUUUAGAUUCUGAAGCCAAGACUUUGCAACAAGCUGGUCAAGUAUGGUAUCCCGAUUCAUCUUACAAAACUGCCCAAGCUAUCAAGGACUUUAGCCGUGAAGAAUUGCCCUUGAUGAUAUUCGCCAACUGGCGUGGUUUCUCCGGUGGCAUGAAGGAUAUGUACGAACAAAUUGUUAAAUUUGGUGCCUACAUUGUGGAUGGUUUGCGCGAAUAUAAAAAACCUGUACUCAUUUACUUGCCACCCAAUGCUGAGUUGCGUGGUGGUGCCUGGGCUGUCUUAGAUUCGUUAAUUAAUCCCCGCUACAUGGAAUCCUAUGCAGAUCCUGAGGCCAGAGCUGGUGUUUUGGAACCAGAGGGUAUAGUGGAAAUUAAAUACAAAGAAAAGGAUCUAGUCAAGACCAUACAUCGUUUAGAUGCCACCACAAUAGAGCUGAAAAGACAAAUGGACGAAGCGUUGGUCGCUGCUGAUAAAGUUAAGGCUGGCGAAUUUGAGGAAAAAAUCAAGGAACGUAUUGCUACUUUGGUGCAUGUUUACCAUACGGUGGCUGUACACUUUGCUGACUUGCACGACACUCCCGAGCGUAUGUUGGAAAAGGAUUGUAUUAGUGAAAUCGUGCCCUGGCGUGAGUCCAGAGGAUGGUUGUACUGGCGUCUACGUCGUCUUUUGCUUGAGGACAGUUACAUUAAGAAGAUUGUUAAAGCACAAGACAAUCUUUCGGUCGGUCAAGCCAAGGAAAUGUUGAGACGUUGGUUGGUGGAAGAUAAGGGACCAACAGAGUCCUAUCUUUGGGAUAAGAACGAGGGAAUGGUAAACUGGUAUAUGGAACAAACUAAACCUGAUUCCACUGUCUCCCGCAACAUUAAUGCUGUGCGUAAGGAUGCCAUAAUAUCCAGCAUAUCAAAAAUGCUAGAAGAUUGUCCCGAGGUUACUUUAGACGCCGUGGUGGGUCUAUGUCAAAACCUAACAUCUGUGAAUCGUGGUGUGGUGGUUCGUACAUUGGCGCAGUUACAAUUGAAUGAAGAGGCUGGCAAUUCAAAUAAUCAAGGAUGAUACAGUUCGUCAUCUUCAUCUAAAACAACACAUCCUUUAUUUUCCUAUCAUUAUCAUAAUUAUUAGGUUUAAUUACAUACACUCUCUACAUUCGUCUCUAAUCCACAAUUAAUUAUGUUUUUGUUAUAUAUUUUUUUACAUUUUAUUUUUUUUGUUACUAUGAAGUAGUAAAUAUUUUAAACACAAAAAUAUUUAAACUUCACUUUACUAAAACUAAAACAAACAAAAAGCAUGACGACUCAUUUACACCAUCAAACAAACAAACAUCCACCCACCAAUCAAACUAUGUUAAUGACUUUAAAUGAUACUGUCUUUUCUAGAACCAUUCAAUUGUUAUUAUAAACUAAUUUUCUUGAUUAUAUUAUAUAUAUUUAAGACAUUUUUUAUUAUUAUUAAUUUUAAUUCGCAUUUGAUGUUAUUUCUUA